AUGGCGAUCACGUUCCGCAAUGUCUACCACGAGACGGCCGACAUGCGACGGUCCUCGGCGAAGCGCAAGAAGUCGCGCGGAGCCAAGGCGCGGCGAAAGCGCCAGCGCGUCGACGAGACGGCGGAGCCUGUCUGCGCCGAGGACGCAGCCCGCGCACAAGAGGCCAUCGAGCAGCAAGCGCAACUUGAGAGCGAGAUGGCCGAUGCAGGCCUUGCAGGCAUGUUUCCGCUGAGCUUUGGCUCGUCCAAAAAAAUCGAAGCGCGCCAACUCAAAGCCGCAGUCCACGUCAAGUUUGACGACCUCGGGAACGAGACAGCCGUCGAGCACAAGCCAACGGUCCUUGAGAAACGUCCGCGCGACGAAGACGAUGAGGACGACGACGACGAUGACAACAACGCCGCUGCCGACAACAACGACGUUGAUGGCGACGGCCAAGCCGCUGCGAUGGCGCCGACAUCAACGGGCAUGGCAGCAGACAUGGACCCGAGCCUCGAAAAGUACUGGGCACAACGCUACGCGCUCUUUACAAAGUUCGACGAGGGCAUCCGCCUCGACCACGAGGGCUGGUUCUCGGUGACGCCCGAGGUCAUCUCGGAGCACCAUGCGAUGCGUCUGGCCUGCGACGUUGUUGUCGACGCGUUCACGGGUUGUGGCGGCAACGCGAUCCAGCUCGCCAAGACGUGCCGCCACGUCAUCGCCAUCGACAUGGAUCCGGCCAAAAUUGCCAUCGCCCGCCACAACGCCGGCAUCUACGGCGUUGCCGAUCGCAUCGAGUGGCUCAUCGGUGACGCGUUCGCCUUGCUGCCGACGCUCCGCGCGGACGCCGUCUUUCUCUCGCCGCCGUGGGGCGGGCCCGAGUACUUGCACGCCAAGCAUUUUGCGCUCGAUACGAUGCGCAUGGGCGACCGCAACGGCAUCGACCUCUUCCAUCUCGCCGAAACCGUGUCGCCCAACAUUGCGUACUUCUUACCGCGCAACACGUGCAAGAAGCAGGCGCGGCUCUUGUCGCCGGACGCGGUCUGCGAAUUCGAGCACAACUUUCUCAACAAGAAACUCAAAACGGUCACCUUGUACUUUGGCGACCUCGCGACAAGGCCGACGACGACAAGGAUGACGAGUCCGAAUUUGUACGAUUAUAGACGAUUAUAG